AUGGUUGCAGAAACCCUACGAGAUCUUGUACCUCUUGACCUGGGCAUAACGGAUGCACCACAGUUAAGUCCAGAAUGGUCCAGCUGUAUAGGGUGCUUAAAAAAGACGAAAGAACUAGGUGAUGGCAGUUAUGGAGAGAUUUGGGAGGUGAAACGUCCCGAUAUCAAGCUGAAGAAUAGAAGAUCGGCAAGGUUCGCAGCAAAGGUGUUGAGUAAACCGUUAGAAAUUUACUACGAUCAAACUGGAUUGGCAGAGGAAAAAUUCCUCAAUAAAACAACUCCUCAAAGUAUUGGCAUAUAUUCACUCAAAACACGUUGUGCAUUGCGAUGUAACUUAAAUGGUGAAAUGGACCUCUGGAGGCCGAGCAACCUAUUAUUUAAGUCUGAGGAGCAGGUUCUCUCUGCAAAAACGAGAAAGGAUAACGGUGUAGAGAAGGAAAUUCUUGUGUUGGGUGACUUUGGGAUUGCUCGUAAGGUACACGAAAGCAAGAAACUAGACUGGGCACCAGGAACACCUGGAUAUAUCUCUCCAGAAAUAAAGAAUGAAAACAAGUUCACAACCAAAGCAGAUGAGUAUUGUGUGCGAAUCUUUAUCCGGAAGGAACAUCUACUGGCAGAUAGUGGAGCUUUAUAA